AUGGCAUCCAAAUUCCUCCGUCUAAACCGCAACUUCCUCCUCGCCCGCCCAACCGCGCGGCCCACCUCUACACCACCAUGUUCACUCCGCCAAAGCAUAAUCUCCGCCAACGACCUAAGCAACCACACCACCCGCCCCUUCUCCCUAACCUCCCAUCAAGCCCUCCAAAUCGACUCAAACUUCAUCUCGCAAAUCACCGCCGCCGAGAAGAAAAUCACAGGCAGCGACAAGCCCGUCGCCAACGGCCCAACCGCAAAAGCCCAAGCCCACGUCGGCCAGACCCUCACCGCAGCCAUAAUCCACGACAUCACCACAGGCGAGAAGCUCAUAACAGGGCGUGAAGACCCCGUAAAAGGCGGUCCCACAUCCAUCGCUCAAUCGGCCUUGACAUCCGACAAUACCAACAACAACAAGGCAGAAAAGAAACUCACGGGUCAGAACCAACCGGUUAAGGAUGGUCCGACCGCGCACGCACAGAGUCAUGCGAAUGAGCCGAUUACGAGCCAAGCGCUGCAUGAUAUUACGGUGGGCGAGAAGAAGGUUACGGGUGGGGAGAGGGUAAAAGGGGGUCCGACGGCGACGGCGCAGAGUGAGUUGAGUAAGAGUCGGGCGUGA